AUGGCCCUCAAGCCCAAACCCCAGGCCGCGGCCUUGUUCGAGGGUCUUGCCAUCAAGGAAGAAGAAGAAGAAGAGACCACAUCCACAACCACGGCCUCGGGUGGCGGCUCGUCUUCGUUUUCGUUCAUCAACGAGGAGCCCCAGGGAGAAGAAGAAGAUGAAGGCGCAGGCGGGUCGCCGGGCGGCGGGGCCGUGCGCAAGAGGAAGGCGGCCAAGCGGCCCGGCACGUACUACCAGGAGGGCGAUCAGGUCAAGCCAGCCGCCGCUGCGGCCACGGCCGAAGCGAGGAGCGCCAAACAGCCGGCAACGACGCCGCGCAAGGAGGAGAGCGACAAGCGAAAGGACGAAAGCAAGGCGGCGGAGGAGGACACGUCGGCCAAACGCGAACGAGAAGAAGCGGCGAAGCGGCGGCAGAGGGAGAAGGAGGAGGAAGAACGAAAGCGACAAAGGCAGAAGGAAGAAGAAGAAGAACGAAAGCGACAGGAAAGCGAAGAAGAUAGGGAGGAGGCCGCGAGGCAGCUGCAGCGCAGGAAGGAGGCGGACGAACGAUCGAAGGGCUCGAGCCAGCCCGACAAGAAAUACGAAAAGGUGAUCGCGAACGCGAGACGGGAAUUCGCUUCUUUGGACGCCGAGCGCGAAUCGCUGACCCACCAGCAGAAGACCAUCCUCAGCGAACAGCGGGAGCGAAACCGAGUCACGCUCAACUUGCAAGAACAGCUGAUCAAGCUGGAUGCCGAGCAAGUGCAAGCGCUUCAGCUCGAGGACUUCGAACGAGCCGAGAAAUUGAACGAAAAGAUUGAAGGCACGCACGCACACUCGCAUCCUUACUUGACCGCGCGCUCAAAGUUAUUGUUUGAUGUUGAUGAUUCUCUUCUGCACGUCAAACAAAAUAGAGGUCAAGGAGGAGAUGAAGAAGAUCGCACGGCAGAAGCUGCAGUUCAGCCAACAGGUGCUGGUCUUGCAUGUGAAGAGGGGCCAGGCGGCGCAGAAGGAAGCGCAGCUACGACGGAGCUUCAUCGACAAGCUCAAGGAACUGAAGACGGAAGAGGAGGAACAGCUGGAAGCAUUCAAGAGCCAGACGAGCAGCAAAUUCUCGGAAGAGAAGGAGCGCAUCCAGGCAAAGAAGAAGGGCAUCCAGAAGCAUCUCACUCACGUGCGCCUGGACCUGGAGAUGUUGCUCAAGAGCGAAGAGACGGUGCACCAGUCCAUCGCGUCCCAGACGCAGAGCUUCAAGGAGGACCUGCACAAGCUCAACCAAGAUCGCGACGCCACGGAGAUCAAGGAGCUGAUGCGGCUGCUGGCCCAGAAGCGGAAAGAGGAGGAAGAGCUGACCAGGCAGAUCCACGGGCUGGAGCGGAACGUCGUGCAGGUGACCGACAGGUUCAAGAACGAGAUGGAGCGGAUCGGCAUCGAGCGAGACGCCAUCGCCAAGGACAACCACAAAUACUCCCUCCAAAUGGAGGAGCUGAAGAAGGCGAAGCGGCAGCUGAAGGGCGAGGAGGCGAAGGACAGGGAGGCGGAGAAGCGCUUCCACGACGCGCUCACUGCGAUCGAGGCCGAGCUGACCAACGAGCGCGCGGCGGUCGACAAACUCGAGCAGAAGGAGGACGAGCUGCGAAGGGCCAAGACCAACUACGAGGCCUUCGUCCGAAUGGAGGCCGAUCAAGAAGAGCAGACCUCGGCGUGCAGCGCGGCCAUCACCCAACUCACCGCGCGAGUGCUCUCUCUGCAGCAAUACACGGCGCCAAUCAGCAAAUUGUCGCCUUGGAUGCUCGCAUCCCCUCGCUUGAAUCCGAGAAGAAACUCGCUGUGUCCGGACGUAAUUUCAAGGAGGCCAAGAGAAUCGCCGAAGAGAUGAAGACGGCCUCGGUACAGAUUGAAGAGAGCAAGGACACCGUCGCUGCCCUCACGGAGCAGCUUGAGACCUGCAAGGUCACUCUGUCGCAGCACAAGGAACAGUUCAAAUCGCUCGACCAAGAGCUCAGUUCAGCCGAGAGCAAAGCCGACAAGGUCAAGCUCCAGCGGCUCAAGGCCAAGGAGAAGGAGCUGCUCUCCAAGCUGGCCAGGUACCACGGCCAGGACGAGGAGACGGAGAUGUCGGCGCUCGAGCUCGAGUCCUGCCAGGCCGAGAUGGCCUCCCUCCGGCUGAAGUGGAACCUCCCCCAGCACGACGAUGACGACAACGACGAAGCUCUCCGCGAGAGCGAAAGCGAAAGCAAACGAAAGAGUCGAGGAGACACCACUGGAAUCAAAGAGCGCGAAAGCGAAAGCGACAAACGCGCCCCGGAGGCCGAGAGGGAAGACCAAAAGAGCGAAAGCGAAGAGCAGGGCGAGCGUGCGGACCCGGCGUUCGAUGCGGCCGCGGCGGAAGAGGAGCUGAGGACCCUGGCCGCGCGCCUGGAGGUGUGGGAGGCCGAGCUCGAGCAGUGCGUGGCCAACGACGACUUUGACCGAGCUGACGAGGUCAACCAGGAGAUCGAGCGGGCCAAGGCGCGGUCGGCCGUCCUCCAAGCGGCGCUCCCCGCGAGCAGCAGCUCCUCGAGUGAUCCAGCGCCGACGCAAACGUCGAAUUCGUCGCCUGACGAAGAGCCAUCGGCCUUCGCCUCCAUUCCUCGCGCUGAAGAUGGCGGUGACGUCGGUGGCGGUGGCGAUGAUGGCGACGAGGCGUUUAAGUCCGAUCGAGGUGUGGUCGAGGAAGAGGCUGAUCAGCCGAGCGUGGAGCGGGAGGUGGAGGUGGAGGCCUCGGGUGACGAUGGAGCGGACCAGGCCGGGUUCGCGUUUAUCUCCGAAGAGGAAGAAGAGGCACCAAAGAACGAAGACGAAAACGAAAAUGAAGACGAAGACGAAGACGAAGACGUUGGCGACGCAGAGCAAGCCGCUGCGGUGGUGGAAGAGGGCGCCGACUCGUCCUCCUCCUCCUCCUUCGCCUUCAUGGCGCACGACGACAACGAAGAGGAAGGAGAGGAAGAGAAGAAGGACAAUGUGGAGGAGUCAGAGAAGAUCACGGACGAGGCGGCGCCAGCGGAGGAAGUGGAGCAGCUGCCACCGGUCGACACAUCUGCGGCCUCGUUUGCGUUCAUCAUCGGAGACGACGAAGACGAGGACAUCAGCCACAACAGCGACAACAACGACCACAAGGAGGAGGAGAGCGGUGGCCACGCCUUCUCCUUCAUCGCCGCCAGCGAAGAAGAGGCAGCACCACCAGCACCAGCACCCACGGCAGACGCAGGCAAGGAAGAAGUGGAGGAGAUCGAAGCAGGAGGAGGAGGAGAAGAGGGUGAGUCCUCGUCUGCCUUCUCCUUCAUAUCUUGA